CAUGGGGCGGCCCCAAGGAGGAAGACAGCAUGGCUUACCAUAAAGAAGCAGGGCCACUGAGCACAGGCUUGAAGAUCCAGGCACCCCAGAGGCCAUGUGGCUAGGAUUCCUCUGUGCUCUGCUUUCGCUCCUGGAAGGGCAGGGCUGGGCAGACACCCGAGCCAUCGGGGCCAAGGAAUGUCGCCCCAACUCGCAGCCCUGGCAGGCUGGGCUGUUCUACCUCACCCACCUCUUCUGCGGGGCGACCCUUAUCAGUGACCGCUGGCUGCUUACAGCUGCCCACUGCCGCAAACGGUAUCUGUGGGUCCGCCUUGGGGAGCACCACCUCUGGAAAUGGGAAGGUCCGGAGCAGCUGUUCCGGGCCACAGACUUCUUCCCUCACCCUGGGUUCAACCAGGACCUCACUGCCCAGGACCACAACAAUGACAUCAUGUUGGUUCGUCUGCCCCGGAAGGCACAUCUAGGCCCUGCCGUGCAGCCCCUCAACCUCAGCCAGACCUGCGUCUCCCCAGGCACCCAGUGCCUCAUCUCAGGCUGGGGGGCCGUGUCUAGUCCUAAGGUGGAGUACCCACUGACGCUGCAGUGUGCCAACAUCAGCAUCCUGGAGCCCAGACUCUGCCGCCGGGCGUAUCCAGGCCACAUCUCCGACAGCAUGCUCUGUGCGGGCCUGUGGGAGGGGGGCCGGGGCUCCUGCCAGGGUGACUCUGGGGGCCCCCUGGUUUGCAAUGGGACCCUGGCCGGUGUGGUGUCCGGGGGCUCGGAACCCUGCUCCAGGCCCCGGCGCCCUGCCGUCUAUACAAGUGUGUGCCACUACCUGGACUGGAUUCAAGAAACCAUGGAGGACAACUGAACCCUCGCGCCUUGGACGACCAGGAUUGGAGGGUGGGGCAGGGCAGGUGGAUUUGCAAGACUCCAGUCUCAAUGGUCUAAGCCCCUGGCCUCUGCUGGCCUGGAGAUGCCUUCUGGAUAUUCAAGUUCCCAGUUUCUGGAUAUUCAGACCUGGGGUUCCGCGUGAACUGUAUAGCUGUCCCCCCAGUUGAAAGGAGCAGGGAGACACCUCUGCCCCUCUUGCCGCAUCUCUGAGUCACCAUGAACUGGCACCGCCCCCAUUGAAUAGCGUCCCCUGCGGUCUACCUUGGGAAAGACAUCUACUAAAUAGCUUCAGGUGCUUCCCUAGUGGCUCAGUGGUAGAGAAUCCGCCUGCCAAUGCAGGAGACGCGGGUUCGAUUCCUGCUCUGGGAAGAAGAAUCCCACGUGCCUGGGAUUAACCAGAGUCCCGGAGCCACAACUACUGUGCCUGCGCUCUGGAGUCCAGGGACGGCAACUGCUGAGCCCACUGUGCCCGCCGCAGCUACAGAAGCUGGGGCACCGAGAGCCCGGGCUCCACAACAGGAGAAAAGCCCAGGCAGCAAGGAGAAUCCAGCACAGCCCCAAAUAAAUAAGUUAAUUAAUAAAUAGCGUCUCCCUCCAGAGCUUUGUCCAAUGAGAUUUCCCCUUAUGGCCCCACCUCCUUCGUCAGCGACCCCGCCUUACUAGAGGGUCCCUUCCGCCACGUUGAACUCAGGCAGUGGGUCAGUCUCUGCCCACUCCCACCAUCCUGCACCUUGGCCCCUUCCUGGGCAUGUCCAGGGUGUUCAUACUGGUGGGGACCUACCGAGAGGAGAGCAGUUGGGAGAGGCACUCAGUCCCCGCCGAUCUAAGGGACAAUUUUGCAUUAAACGUGCGGAGUCCGGCCUUCCUUCUGCCAGUUUUGUAGGAUAAAAUAUGGGCAUCGCGUGGGCGAUGGACGGCAGAGAGGGAAGACGGCCGCUGCGUUGCUAUUCCCCAUAAGCCCGGAGUUCAGUUCAGUUCAG